AUGGCUCUCAAGUUGCCUGAACUGCCAGACGUCGAACGUCUCAGUCCUCUGGUGCUACGUAUUAUGGGUGGCAAUCCGAGCAAAUUCACGUUACAGGGCACAAAUACAUAUAUCGUUGGAACUGGCCCGAAGAGACUCCUGAUCGAUACGGGCGAAGGCAACAAAAUCUGGCCUCGUAACCUCAAGAGGGCCUUGGCAGACGAGGGCGUAACGAUCGAUAAAGUCAUCCUAACACAUUGGCAUCCGGAUCAUGUCGGUGGCGUGCCGGACGUACGUACCAUCGCCUCGGGUGUCACGGUCUACAAGAGUCAGAUCAAGCCUGAUGUCGACCAAGAAGACAUCCUGGAAGGUCAAGUCUUCAAGACUGAAGGCGCAACAUUACGUGCUUUUCACUCGCCUGGCCACACCGUCGAUCAUAUGGCUCUCAUACUAGAAGAAGAGGAUGCGAUGUUCACGGGCGAUAACGUUCUCGGUCACGGAACAGCAGUCUUUGAGGAUCUAGCUACCUAUCUUCAAAGCCUUGAACGGAUGGAAGGUGCUUUCAAUGGCCGAGCAUAUCCCGCUCAUGGCGCCGUGAUUGAGGAUGGGAAGGCGAAGGUGAGGGAGUAUAUCGAGCAUCGACGGGAGAGGGAGGAGCAGAUCUUGGGUGCGUUGACAGAACAAGGUGGGGAUGGGGUGAGUAGUAUGGGAAUUGUGAAGGUGGUGUAUAAGAACUAUCCGGAGCCAUUGCAUGUCCCUGCGGAGGGUGGUGUAGUGCAGGUGUUGAAGAAGCUUGAAGGUGAGGGUAGGGUGGAGCAGGUUGGGAAAGGGUGGCAGGUUAGACAGGGGCAGAAGAGUGCGUUGUAA